AUGGAUUGCAGCAGCCCCAUUCAGCUGGACACACCGCUGAAGGAGGAAGAAACGGGCCCUGCUAAGAGUCAGCUCCUAGAAAGCUCGGUUCUCACUUAUCGCUUGGGAAAUUUGCUCCCAGACACCCUGUACAGCAUCAGAAUCCGUGCGGUGUUUGGAGGCUCAGAAGGCUCAGAAAUAAUUCUUACGCACAGGACUGAGGAGAAUCCGUCUGUUCCUCUUCUGUCUGUGACUGCAACGCCCAUCUCUACGAGCUCAAGUCCGUUCCAUCGCCCGACAGCCAUCUCUCCUGUGUCAAAGGUCACCUCUGCAGACACAGCUAGGAUCACGAAGACCUUGGCUCCCACUGCUACGACUUCUGGACCAAUCUGCAGCAAGUUCAGAGCAGACAUUGUCUUCCUGGUGGACGAAUCUUCGAGCAUUGGCCCGAGCAAUUUUAUCAAACUGAAGGACUUCCUCUUCCGUAUUGUAUCUUAUUUCCCAAAAAUUGGGCCUGAAGGCACACAGAUUGCCGUCGCUCAGUACAGUGACGAGCCCCGAACGGAAUUCCAGCUGAACCAGUACAGGGACCGGAAUGGCGUUUUGAAAGCACUCAAAAAUCUGCGCUACAUGGGAGGGAACACCAAAACUGGUCGUGGCAUCAGCUACGUGCUAAAGGAGAUAUUCCAAGCCUCCAAAGGAAUGCGGCCAACCGUUCCUCGCACCCUGGUUCUGCUAACCGAUGGGCAGUCACAAGAUGAUGUGGUGCCCCCCGCCCAAGUAGCACAUAUUAUAGGAAUCCGUACGAUCGCCGUGGGUGUUUCGGGAGCCGAUCCGGAAGAGCUCAAAAGCGUCUUGUUGCACCAAAACCUGCGCAAUCUCUUCUAUGUCAGCACAUUUGAUGAUCUCCCUCAAAUCAUACGGGAGCUGAUAGAAAUCAUUUGUUUUGGCUUUCAGCAGUUGAGCGUCAGGCCUGAACACUCAGAGCUGGGUAAACUGAGGCAGGGAAUGCUGCCUGGGAGUGAGAGAUCCCUUGACUCACCUUGGCCAGAAUAG